AUGGCUAAUGGCUGUAUGAAAGGUCCCGCGGGAAAGGAGCUGUUGAAAACGACAAUACUGAGCGCCAACCUGUCGGUUAACAUGUGGUUACCAUACUGCGUCAUCAGUGGCCAGCAAGCGCUAACAUCACCUUUCCCCAGGGGGAACGACGGCAUGCGUCAUGAUGGAAGUCUCUGGCAUAUCAUGGGGAUGCUUGAACCCACUGUCGAUGCCCGUAUAGCAAUUUCCAACGAGAUACCCGCAAAUACAUCCGCCGGUCAGCAGCGCCAAGGAAAUCUUCGUGAGGUUUUGGACGGCAUGCAUCGUGACGAGAACGGACUCAGUAUCAAAAUGAAGCAGCGCUAUGUCUCGGCCGCAGUCUUUCAAUCCAAUCAAGAUGAGAGGCCGAAAUUGAACAAAGAUCCACAGAAUACUAUCAAGCGACCACCUAUCCCGGUGCAUGUGUGCCGCACGUGUGGCUGGACCAUGCCAUUCCUUUAA